AUAUAAAGAGGUGGUAGCCCAGUAUUAUCCUCUUAUCACUCAUCAGCCUUUUCAUCUACAAUCACCAAGUACAUCUACACCACAUACAUCAAACGAACAUACCGAACACCGAAUAAAACAUCCAACCAACAUGCACGGCCAUCAUCAGCAUCAUCAUCAUCACGGUCCCCCCGGCGGUGGUCACCACGGAGGUCCUGGCGGUUUCGGAGGCCCCGCUGGCUUUGGCGGUCCUGGCGGCCCCGGACAUCAUGGCCAUCACCACGGACACCACGCCCCAGGAGGGUUUGGCGGUCCCGGUCCCAUGGGCCACAACCCCGGCUUCGAGAAAUUCGGUCCACCGGGUGCCGGUCGCCACGAUAACCCGCCUCCAUACAACCACAUCGAAGGACUCGGGUCCGGGUUUGGUGGUCCAGGUCCCAACCACGGUCCUGGUUUCGGGCCUGGACCUGGACCUCAAGGGCAUCAUCAUGGCCCUAGAAAUCAUGGUCCCGGUGGUUUUGGUGGUCCUGGCGGUCCUGGUCCGGCUGGUUUCGGACAUCAUGGUGGUCCUCAUGGGCACCACGGUCAUCACGGCCAUCAUGGACCGCAUUAGCCUCAGCAGCAACAUCAUCACGGACUUCUGGGGAAGAUUUUGCAUCACCGUCACCAUAAGCCAUGAUCCGGAAAGGUAUAUAGGAGGAGGAUUAGUUUAUUUUUGAAA